AUGAAGGGCCAAAAUAAUCAAUACCCCUUAAACUCUGUUUCCAAGUUUUUUAAUGUUCAAUUUCACUUUAUUCAGUUUCUUUCCUAUAUCCUAAUUCUGGGCUUUGGUAUAACCAUUGGGGUUAUCCUUAGUUUUUAUCUUAAAGACUGCAACUUUAGUUUACAAUUCACGCAGUUGUCACUCUCUUCCUUUCCGCGAGCACCACCCUUGCCGACACCAACUACAAAACCAGAAAUAUCUAAUCAAACUCAAAUUCAGUCCCAAGUUCAAACUCAGACAGAAAUUCAAACUCAAACUCAAACUCAAACUCAAACUGAAAGUAGCCACGUAGGAUUGAGGGAUUUCCUUAAGCCUCCUCAUGUUGUGCAUGAUAUGGAUGAUGAGGAAUUGCUAUGGAGAGCUUCGAUGACAGCAAAGAUCCCUGAUUACCCGUUUGAUCGUGUUCCAAAGGUUGCCUUCAUGUUCUUGACAAGGGGUCCUGUGUUUUUGGCACCUUUGUGGGAGCAAUUCUUCAAAGGGCAUGAAGGGUUGUACUCAAUUUAUGUGCACUCCAAUCCAUCAUACAAUGGAUCACGCCCGGAGAGUCCUGUGUUUGAAGGUCGGAGAAUUCCCAGUAAGGAAGUUGAAUGGGGCAAUGUGAACAUGAUUGAAGCUGAACGUCGCUUGCUGGCGAAUGCACUUCUUGAUAUCUCAAACCAACGCUUUGUACUGUUAUCAGAGUCAUGCAUACCACUCUUCAACUUCUCAACCAUCUACACCUACUUGAUGAACUCUACCCAAAAUUAUGUCAUGGCUUUUGAUGAUCCGAGUUCUGUUGGCCGAGGCCGAUAUAGCAUCCAGAUGUUGCCUGAGAUCUCCCUAAACCAAUGGAGAAAAGGGUCCCAAUGGUUUGAAAUGGACAGAGAGCUUGCACUAGAAGUAGUAUCUGACAGAAAAUACUUCCCAGUUUUUCAAGAGUACUGCAAAGGUUCAUGUUACGCCGAUGAACAUUACUUGCCAACGUAUGUGAGCAUUAAGUUUUGGGAGGGUAAUUCAAAUAGGAGUUUGACUUGGGUUGACUGGUCAAAGGGUGGUCCACACCCAGCUAAAUUUCUGAGGUCGGAGAUUACUGUUCAGUUCUUGGAGAGUUUAAGGAAUCAGAAAUGCAAGUAUAACGGAGAUAGCAUGAAUGUGUGUUUUCUGUUUGCUAGGAAGUUUGCCCCUAGUACUGUGUCAAAGCUGACGAAGAUUGCACCCAUGGUAAUGCAUUUCUAG